GUUAUGCAAGUUUUGUUUUGAUUUUGUUGCCGAAUUCGAUAGAUUUGUUAAAAUCCUCAAACGGAAGUGCUUUUUGAGGAGUAAAUAUAUAACUUUCUUAAAUGGCAUUUGCUUUGAGAAAUCUGCUUAGAGCGAAUUGCCACAGGCAAAUAACUGCUGUGUCACCGUGCAAAUCGCUCGGUCAGCUAAACUACUUUUCUACUAGCAAAGCUGAUGUAACCACAACCGGUGCCUCAGAAGACCCAAAAUCUAAGCCAGAGAAGGCAAAGUUAGUUAUUAGUGACACAUGUAUUAAGCGCUUGCGGGAAAUAUCUGGAAGUGGUUCUUUCCUACGCAUUACUGUAGAAGGUGGUGGCUGUUCUGGAUUUCAAUAUAAAUUUGAUUUAGACAACAAUUUAAAUAGCGAUGAUAUCGUUUUUGGAGAAGGAAAUGCAAAAGUUGUCAUAGACAAUGUAUCACUGGAGUACUGUGAUGGCGCUACAGUCGAUUACCAUACGGAACUGAUACGGUCUGGAUUCCGAAUUUUGACGAAUCCACAAGCCGAACAAGGCUGCUCUUGCGGUGCUUCUUUUUCAAUUAAAUUAGAUUAGAGCUAAUAAGAACACUAACUAACAUUUUUAAUUAUGAUUGUUUAUUCUGUUUACAUAGUCCUAGGCACACAAAAAUGUGUAGUUAAUGAAGUUCAUAUAGAAUAAACUUAUUUCAGCGGU